UCACGUGGGAUGAAGCUUCUCGACUUCAUUUUCACCAUAUCAUGUUUUCUUGCAAUCACAAUACAGGUAAUAAAAUGCGAUGGAAGCACCGACUGGAGAUCAGGCCCUCCCGAUAGUCUACCAGAACUUACAAAACUGAGUGUAGAAUGUGGCAAGCAAGAAAUGACAAUUUACCUACAAUUCAGUGCUCCAUACGAUGGCAGCGUUUACUCCAAACCCAAUGGACAAUCUGGCAGGUGCAUCCACGUGGCACCUCAUUCUCACAUCACGGAAACCACCUUCUCGAUCGAGUACGAUGACUGUGGGACGCGUUCUGAUCCACAAGGCAAAUUUUAUGAAAACACUAUCAUCAUCCAGUACGAUGAUGUUGUCAUCGAGGCUUGGGAUGAAGCGAAGAAAAUUCGUUGCGAAUGGCAUGAUGGUUAUGAAAAGUCAGCCUUCAAGAUGCCCAUCACCAUUUCAGAUCUGGAUGUGGUAGAAAUGAAUUUCCAAGGUGACGAUGUGGAUUGUUGGUUGGAAGUCCAAGAUGGCAAAGGGCCGUGGUCAGCAAAAGUGGAAGGAUUGGUACCACUGGGCAGCCCUCUGACUUUAGUAGUCGCAAUUCAAGAUAGCGAAGGUCAUUUCGACAUGAGGGUAAAAUCCUGCAUUGCCCACGAUGGACAGAAGCAUCCAAUACACCUGACAGAUGAAGAUGGAUGCGUUUUAAGGCCCAAAAUGAUGACGCCAUUCCAGAAAACAACGGAAACUAAAGGAACGGCAAGCGUUAUAGCGUACAGUCAUUUUUACGCCUUCAAAUUCCCGGAAACAGUUGAGGUCACGAUUCAGUGCACAGUUGAGAUCUGCCGACAUGGCUGUCCAGGAACUUGUGUCGAAGGUCGGGAAUCGCAACCCCAAGACACUGAUUCGUCGAAUUUUCAGCCACCGCCUUCUAAGGAAGCUGAAGACAUACCUACAUAUAAAGAUUCGUUCCCUUUUUCAACAGUUGUCACAUCAAGGCCCGACCAACAAAAUCAGUCCUUAAGUCUAAACACAUCGUCAAGUACUGUAAUAGGAAAUAAGGAAAAUGCAUCGAAAGAAGAAAAUGUUGAUCCACUAGAGACAAGUCCAAACACUAAUUAUGAUUUUUAUCUUAAUAAAUAUCCUUACGAUUUGUUUGAUGACUUAUUAAUUGAAGAAAGACAAGAUGAUAAGGUAGACUAUGAUCGCCAUUCAGAUAAAGAUUAUGCAGGUAACGGUGAUGAUAUCUAUUAUUCUCAACUGCCCAAUAUUUUUGGUGGCGUCAGAGAGCAUGGAAAAAAUUUCCCUGCUGGCCAGAAAAUUUCCAACGUAUCUAACAAAACGCAUGAUAAAACCGAUCAGUCAGUAACUACACAAAGUAAUAUAGAAAAUUCAGCGACAACAGAAACAUAUGUAAGUACAGUACCAGAUUUAUCUGACGUGACGGCUUUGGCUAUUAAAAUGGGUAUGCACACUUCCUCAACAGAAGCUCAUACAGAAUUAAGUUCAACAGAAAAUCCACUUUUGAGUGAUGAAUCAGAGGCAAGUAAUGGCGACGAAAUCACUUCUGAUAAUGGAAAUAUUAGUGAUUUAGUACAAGAUGAAGAGCAUCUAAAGCAUGAAGCAUUACACACCAAAGUGAUCGCCAGUGAUACAAUUAAGUCUGACAAAAGUGGCGAGAUUUUUUCAGAUUCAACAGAUUAUAAUGAUGCAAAUGUAGAAAGUCGUCAAUCCGAUUAUGACUUUAACGCCAACAGAAAACGAAGUGAGGAAGACAUGCUGCCAAAGAAAGACAUAGAGCUUCAUUUUGACGAUUAUAAGGUAAAAGCCAGGAAACCCUAUGAUAAUUAUGAAACAAGGCAGAACUAUCCAUACAGAUCAUUUUUGCCGCCAGCUCCAGCACCACCAAUCACGCUAUACAACGGUGUACCCCUUUACUAUUACAGCCAGUCCAGCCCAAACACAGACUACUUCGAGCCAGAAAGUCAUCCAUAUCUAAGCAGAUUUUCUUACCAAAAAAGUUACGUCAAAUCCAAACUACGACGUCCUGGCAGAAGACGUGGUAGAAGAGACAUCGGUGAAAAAGAACAAUUGGGUCUGAAACAGACACUGAGAGUAAUAGCUAUGGAAGAUCUUGAUUUUUCAGCCAAUGAAAAUGAAAAGAUUCUGCCUCUUUAUGUAGGGAAAGCAGAUCCAAAUUCUGAUGUGUGCAUGGCUCCCUCGAGUCUGGCUGCUGGUCUGGGUCUUUUGCUUUUGGCUAACGUCUGCGUGAUUUGUGUUGUAGUAUUUCUUGGUCACCAUUAUUAUAUUCAUAAGAAGGCACAGGUAAAAGCUGUUGAAUUACUUGGCACAGAACUAUCAUAG